AUGAAAUCCGGAACCGUGUUGUGUCUUUUGGUCACCGUGACUUUGGUUCACGUCGGCUACACUCGGCCACAGUACGGUCCACCACCAACUGGAGACUUCGUAAGUGAUAUAAUUAUUUCUUUAGAGUCAGACUUGAGUUUUAACUGAUUUUAAGUAUGGGACGGUUACUUUUGAUACCGCAAGUAUAAUAUUUUGUCUAGAGAAAGAUUUAUCAGUACAGUUACAAUCAUAUUACAAUAUUAAAGUGCCUAAACAUCUCCAUUUUCAGCCCCCAAUGCCUCCAGAGCUUGAGAGAAUCCUGCCAUCAGAAGCCGUCUCCAAACUCAAGUCCAUCCACGGCGACAGAAGCCUCGGAUUCUUAGAGAAACAACAGAAGAUCGACGAAGUAAUGACCUCAUUACCUGGCGACAUUCUCGACAAAAUCCCACCCCCACCCGGCUUCAAAAACCUGCCGGAGAAUGUGCAACAACAACUUAAGAGCAUCAACAGAAGUCGCGACCUGAACUGGCAACAAAAGCAGGAGAAGUUGCGAGAGAUUAUUCAUUCACUGCCACCUCACCUCAGAUCCAGUCUGGUACCUCCACCGCCGCCAGGAGGCAAGUAG